GUUGACCUAGAGGGGAAGGUUAUCAUUACCGGUCAUGAAAGAAACAUGCGAACGUCGUUACAGAUUACAGAAAAAUCCUCUCGAUAAUGAUGACUUAGUAAUGAACAAGGGAAGUGGCACCCUCGGAAGAAGAGGACUAAAAAUCACUGGAGGUGGCGUUCGAAGACAAAGAAGUUUAGAAUGGCGACGUGACCGAGGAUACAGUUCCAGUGAGGAAGAAUUUCCAUCGAGGCCGUCUGUAGAUAGCCAUGUUUUUGCCUCGCUUUUGGCCCAAGCACAAAAGGAGUAUUCGAGCGUGGAACGAUCAUACCGUUCGGAUGAUACGGAAGACGCCACAACGACUGAUAAUCCUACAACGCCUUUUCCAACUCCUCCCGCAACGUUGGCAUCCCCUUUGAGGUCUCCUUUGCCACAUCACCGCCAAGCGUCGCCAUUCCCUCUCGAAAAUACAAAUUCCAGAAGGAUUCACUAUGCAACUCCUCAGGAUCGGCUUCGAGGAACAAACGGAGAAGUCGCAUAUUCGUCUUCAAGUACAAAGAAAUCGAAUAUUUCGGGCAGUGGUAGUAACAAUAGCCGUAAUCACAGGAGCCAUCAUGGUCGUAAAUGUGGCAUGACAUCGUCCAGCAGUGCAACAUCAUGUAACAGUUGUGCUGACAGUGGACGAGAAGCGCCGUACGAACAACAGCAGCAACAACGUCAUUGUGUCGAUAAUGAUGUCAAUGAAGAAUCACCUCCAGAACCUGCGCCACCUGAAAUUCCUCCCCGCGGUCCGUCCCUUCAUUCCACCACACUGCGACGCCGAGGAGAAUAUUCGUUACCUCUCGGCGAAACGCAGAAGACUGAUCAUCCGGAAUCUCAGUUCCUUUCUCAAGGAGAAUACGUCCUAAGUAGUGGAAGCCCUAGAACAGCGGGCUAUCCUGCCAGAUCUCCAAUGUCUUCUAAUGUUAAUUCACAGCAUAGGUAA